GGAGUUGAAUAUUUCCCUUCUUUUCACACUAAACCCUUUCGAAAAAUCCAUAUUGCUUUAUAGCUAGCUAGAACCCACAAGAACACAGGCCGGCUCUUCUUUUUAUGAAGAAAAAAUAGAAAGGAUGUUGCACCAGAAAGUAAUCAAUCACCUCCACAAAGAACUCCCUCAAUCAUGUAGAGGUACAUAUACCACACUCAGCUCUCUCAAGUAAAACCCUAGCCUAGUUACCAAUGCCGUCUGCCUCAGAAACCUUGCUCCUCUCCACCAUUUUCCUCUUGCUAACUCCUCCGAUCCACACCGCCUCUUCCAUAAUCUACAAGACAUGCCGUGACACAUGCGGCACAAUCCCUGUCAAGUUCCCAUUCGGCACCGGAUUCGGCUGCGGCCACCCGGACUUCACCAGGUACAUCAAAUGCACCAACCUAGACACUCUUCAGUUCACCACCGGAACCGGCAUUUACACCAUUUCCUCCAUAGACUACACCAGCAACACUAUCAUAGUCGCAGACCCGCUAAUGUCAACAUGCUCCUCCAUGCAAAACUCCGGUAGCUUCAGCUUGGACAAGGCCAGCCCUUUCACUAUAAGAGAUGAGAACAUCUUUGUUCUUCUCGGCUGCUCCACAACAUCUCCUGUUUUCGAUCCAAGUGAAGAUCUGUGUAACACGGGCUCGGCUUCUCGGGUUUGUAGAGGGUUAUACUCCUGCAAAGGGGUGUCUGGAAUAGGGUUGCAGCAGAAUGCGCCGAUAUCUACUUGUUGUGUUUAUGAUGAUUCUGUUGCUGGGUUCGGGUCGGGUUAUGCGUUGGAUCUUCCCAAGCUGCAAUGCUCGUCUUAUACAUCGGUUUAUGAGUUUGGAGACGAAGGGGAUCCGACGAAAUGGAAAUUUGGGAUUUCUUUGCAGUAUAAUGAUUCUUAUUAUACUAGACCCUGCAAGGAUUGUGAGGCGAGUGGAGGGUUGUGUGGCUUUGCUGCUACGGAUCAGUCUUUUGCUUGUAUAUGCCGGAGUGGGAUGAACACCACCACAAAUUGCUUUGGUCAAGGGUCUGCUUGGAGUGGGAGUGGGACAUUGGAGCCCAGAGUUCAAAUUAAAACCAUUAUUGGAGGAUUUUUGCUCUCAUGGGUCUUACUAUUUGUAAGGAGCAGAUAAUCAGCUUGCUUCAAACAUUUUGGGUACGUAAAUUGCAAAAGAAGAUUCAGGCUUCGUGAGCUGUUGGAAAGCAUUAGUUAUCAAAUUUUGUGUGGAAGGCAGCUGUACUAUAUUAAUCUCAUUUCAUAUGCAAGUGCAAUCUAUUUGUCAA